GACUGACUGCCUUUCACGUUUUUCUAAAUUUUUCCUUGGCUAAGAUUAUUUAUUUAUAUUGACUCUUAGCGGUUUCAACAAAAAUGCUCAACAAUCCAAAAUCUCUUAUUAUUUCAGACCUUGUGUUGUGUCGCUUUCCGUUUUACAGAUUCUGGAAGAAUUUCCAUUCCCAUUAAUCAUGUCAAAAUGCUUCAGCUUUACCGCCUCCCUCGACAAGUUCUACCGUUACAUAUUUUCCAACGCCAGCCUUCGUUCUGUUUCCGUAGACCUCGGAGAUGGCACCAUCAUGCACACUUGGAUUCCCAAAAAAUUCAACCAAGUCAAACCCAAUCUUCUUCUCGUCCACGGCUUCGGAGCCAAUGCAAUGUGGCAAUACGGCGAACAUCUCCGCCACUUCACCGCCCGGUUCAACGUUUUCGUCCCGGAUCUCUUGUUCUUCGGUGGGUCAUACACGGCUAGACCUGAGCGGACGGAAGCGUUUCAGGCUCGCUGUCUGAUGAGACUGAUGGACACACAGGGUGUACGGAGAAUGAGCCUAGUAGGGGUCAGUUAUGGUGGGUUUGUGGGGUACAGUAUGGCCGUACAGUUUCCGGAGGCCCUGGAGAGAUUAGUGCUGUGUUGUGCUGGUGUUUGUUUGGAGGAGAAAGAUUUGGAGAAUGGGCUGUUUAGGGUUUCGGAUUUGGAUGAGGCUGCCAGCAUUUUGUAUCCGCAGACGCCGGAGAGAUUGAGGGAAUUGAUGAAAUUGUCUUUUGUGAAGCCUGCCAGAGGAGUGCCCUCUUGUUUCCUCUCUGAUUUUAUCGAUGUGAUGUGUACAGAUUAUGUUGAAGAGAAGAGAGAAUUGAUCCAAGCUAUAAUCAAAGAACGAAAACUUUCUAGCCUUCCUCCUAUCCAAAAGCCCACAUUAAUAGUAUGGGGAGAGCAAGAUCAAAUAUUCCCAUUGGAGCUAGGCCACAGAUUGCAAAGGCAUAUUGGGGAAAGUGCUCGUCUUGUGACAAUUGAAAACGCAGGCCAUGCUGUUAAUCUAGAAAAGCCAAAGGAAUUCAUAAGGCACUUAGAAUCCUUCCUUAUUGAUUCAUUUCCAUCUCCUUCUCCAAAGACAUCUCUUGUUAAUAGUGGUGAAUAGACUCAGAAAAUAUUCUAUUUUUAUGAGGAACCUCUUUCGGUGGAGUCCGACCACCAAUUAGUAAACCCUAGAGAGAUUAGUUCAAUGUCUUUAUGAACAUAUUAAAAGACAUUUGGUGAGAUAUAUGUAUUCAAGUUCAUUUGGUGA